AUACAAUAGCAAUCACAUCAGCUGCUCUGUGAGGAUCUCUGUGUCUCUCCCUUUUUGAUAAUAUUUCUGAUUUCAAGUUUUUUGGGGUUUUUUUUUUGCACGGUAAAUUAAUUUGUGGAGUGAAAAAGACGGAACUAGGGGUGCAAUUUGUUUUAUGCCUGCGACACAGAAUCCUUCUGCUUUUCAUUCAAAACAAAUAAAUCUCCACAGCCCCUUUGGCUUUCUGUUUGGGAAGGGAGGGGGGGUCAGACAAUAUUCCUCCCCCUUCGUGGUGAUGAGACUUUUUUUUCCCUUUAACUGUUAAAGGAUCCGGUUGCCCUGAGGAAUGAGACUGCUCCAGAGAAACAAGAGUAAACCCUGAGAUUGAAACGGGCAGAUAAUCGGGGAUAUAGGGAGAGAAAUUGGCACUGAGAGAUCGCUGGCUAUUUAAUCUAUAUAGGACAUGGAAAACCAGGCAGUGGGGAUCCACAAGGACAGGGAACAGGAGCAAAAAAUGGCAGGUCCCUUACUAAAUGGUGAUACAGAAGAUGUACAUCAGAAUUCUACAGAACCCCCAACGUGUAACACAGACCCUCGGCUUCAAGCAGACCAACAGAAGAUAAGGACAGAGACAGAGACAAUUAGCCCAGAAUCAGUGGCACACAGUCACAGCUCCCCAGCACAGACUGAUGGACCCAGUUCUGCUAUGGCAGAUAGCGGUGAUACAUUUCCUUUACACACUCUAGGGCCCAAACCUUUGCCAGGAGAACAAAAAUCUCUUUUUCCAUCUCAAACUGAAGCUUCCUGCUUUUCAACUGUAGAAGGACCUCGGUUGUCCCCUGAAGGUCACAGUUCUUCUCCACAGACUAAAGGUCAAAGCGUAACGCCUUUUCCUGAGGGACUUAGCUCCCCAAAACUAGAUCAAAAUAUAAAGUAUGAUGGAUCAUCUCCACCUGCUGUACCUUCUCCCAGCUCUGCAGUUAGCCCUCGACAAAAGCCAGACACACAGAAAGCAGAGCAGCGGCAGAAGCAAGCCAAGGAAAGGAGAGAAGAGAGAGCCAAGUAUUUGGCUGCCAAGAAAAGCGUGUGGCUGGAAAAAGAAGAAAAGGCCAAGCAGCUCCGUGAGAAGCAGUUGCAGGAUCGAAGGAAAAAGCUAGAGGAGCAGAGGCUAAAAUCCGAAAAAAAAAGGGUGUUGCUUGAGGAACGCCAGCGAUUAAAACUUGAAAAGAACAAGGAACGCUAUGAGUCAGCAGUGACCCGGAGUACUAAGAAGACAUGGGCUGAGAUACGCCAGCAGCGUUGGUCGUGGGCAGGAGGACUCAACCCAAACUCUCCUGGUCAUAAAGGGGGUGCAAACAGAUGUUCUGUGUCUGCCGUGAACCUUCCCAGACAUGUUGAUUCUAUAAUCAAUAAACGUUUGUCUAAGUCAUCUGCAACCCUCUGGAACUCCCCAAGUAGAAAUCGCAGCCUACAGCUUAGCCCUUGGGAAAGCAGUAUUGUGGACAGACUGAUGACUCCAACACUCUCCUUCCUAGCACGGAGCCGCAGUGCAGCCACACUCCCUGGAAAUGGCAGAGAUAUGAAUUCCCAUGUCUGUCCCCGUUCUGCCUCUGCAAGUCCCUUAACCCCAUGCAGUGGUCACAAACACCGGUGUCCAGAACGCAGAAGAACCAUAGGCAGUAGCCUGGAUGUGACUCCUAAGAAAAGGAGUGAUUCAUCUCCAAAAAAGAAAGAAAAGAAGGAAAAAGACCGUGAAAACGAGCGUGAGAAAAAUGCACUGAGCAGAGAGCGUGUUUUGAAAAAGCGUCAGACCAUGCCCAGCUCCAAAACUCAUUUGACAGCCACUCCAACUGAAAUAAAGAGCUUGAAGUCCAAAAACCGACCUUCUUCCCCAUCAACACCUGCUACACGUCGCCCAGCCUCCCCCAGCCCAGCUACUUCAAUGCUUUUAACACCAAAACUGAGCUCACCUAAAAGUGUGCAGGGAGCAGCCAAGGUCAAACCUAAGACAGAAAAAUCUAAGGAGGAGAAGACACCAAGCAAAAUGAAAGAAAAGAAAGAGGAACGAAAGGUAGAGAAAGAGCUGCCAUCAUUGCCUGCUCCCAAAUCACAGGAAGAGCCAACCGAGCAAAAGGUUGCUGAAUGUGCAGAACAAAGCACAGAUGAUUCUAUAGCUCCUACAUCUCCUACUGCAGCCAGCACAACACAAGCACUUCCUCCUGUCCCUGUAGUAUUGGUCACUCCAUCCCCUGAACCUGAGUCCAACAUGCCAACAGCAGCUGCCCCUGCUGAAGGUAUUGCCCAAUCAACAGCUCCAUCUACUAGCAAGCCUGUGGUUUCUACACCUGCUGCUGCAAUUGCUUCUUCACCAGCACCAUCUCCAAGCAAGCCCACAGCACCAACCCCUGCUGCAGUGAUUCCCCCAUCCCCAGCUCCCUCUCCUGGCAAGCCCAUGGCAGGCACUACAGACAAAGAGGAGGCUGCCCGUUUGCUGUCAGAGAAGAGACGGCAGGCCCGAGAGCAGAGGGAGAGAGAAGAGCAGGAGAGGAGGGAGCGGGAAGAACAGAAGAGAAGGGAGAGGGAGGAAAAGGCCCGCAAGGAAGCUGAGGAGAGGUUGCAGCGUGAGGAGGAAGCCCGCCAGCUGGAGGAACAGCAAAAGGUGGAAGAAUUAGAGAGGCUCCAGUUUGAGGAGGAACAGCAGAGAAAAGAAGCUGAAAGAAAAGCCAAAGCAGAACAGGAAGAGAUGGAGCGUCUGCAGAAACAGAGAGAAGAAGCUGAAGCCAAAGCCAGGGAAGAAGCAGAAAAGCAGAGGCUGGAGAGGGAACAGCAUUUCCAGAAGGAGGAGCGGGAAAGAUUAGAGCGUAAAAAGCGCCUGGAAGAGAUUAUGAAAAGAACUAGGAAAUCUGACGCGACAGACAAGAAGAAAGAAGACAAACAAGCAUUAAAUGGAAAGGAGACAAAGCUAGACUCAAUUCCUAGUAAAGAUGAAGCCAAGUCCUCUGAAGAUAUUAUAAAGAUUGAGCAUCCAGAAAAGAAGUCCGUGUGGUUACAGGACAGAAUGGGGACGUCAGAGCCCUCUCAGGGGGUGACUGGUGCUAUAGUGAAUGGUGUUCAGCCUCCAAAACAAGAAAAUGGAUUUUCUCCUAAGGAUUCCUCAUCAGUUUUUGAGGAGGUGAUAACACUGUCUGAUAGAAGUGGAUCUAAUGGAGAGAAGGGGAUACCUCCUGCAGAUCCCAUUAUUGCGUUCAGUGGGAAAGACUCUUUCAUUAAGACGGCUGCUGUGCAACCCCCUCAAGUUACAGAAGUUCUGUAGUUGUUACAGUUCAUCCCUACUGCUGCUGACUGCAAGAUGUUUUGGAAGCCAGAGAAGGUGGCACAGGAGCAGAAUCCUUUUGGGGCGCGUGUCCCCUUUAUUCACCAUGAGGUUCCUGUUAACCCUGUCACUGCCUAGUAAAGCUAGAAAUGGCAUCACUUAUCUGAAUAAAUUUGGCAUCAAAGUGCUAAAGAAAGAGACUUCCAAGACCCACGUUACAGUGCCACAGUGUAUUCACCACAAAGGAAUAAUGGACACUUAUUAGUGUUAAUAUAAUUUACAAUUUUUUGUGUUUUUCUUUUUAACAUGCACCUUAUAUUAAAGAAAAAACUGACAUGGUUAAAUUCACCACGGAGGGAUGGUGGAAAUAAUAUAAAAAAAACUAAAAAGAAUGGGAAGAAGAAGAAGAAGAAUGAGAAUCUCAACAUGACCGAAAAUUGUGUGAACAAGCUUUUUGGUGUUCCUAAUUAUGUAGCUAUUUAACUAGCAGAGACUGCUGGGUACAUUGCUGUAUGUGAAUUCUGUAAAUAAAACCUCACAGUGUUACAUCAAGGAA